GUUGCUCCGCGCCUCCGCUGAGGACUGGUCAGUAGGUGGGAGGCAGAGAGUGAACGUGAGCCCCGCGGCCAGCCGGGGGUCGGCGGGGCGCACAGCGAGCGGCGGAGGACGCGGACGUAACUGCAGCAGGCGUUGUGGAGAAAAGGCAGGACACCUGGCUUUUUGAGGAGGGGGAAAGGGGGGAACAGAGGGGCGGGGUUGAGCGCGCACGCGCGCGCGCGAGGAUGUGAAGAUGGCGGAGCUGCAGAUGCUGCUGGAGGAGGAGAUCCCGGGAGGGCGCCGGGCCCUCUUCGACAGCUACACCAACCUCGAACGGGUCGCCGAAUACUGCGAGACCAACUAUAUCCAGUCAGCAGAUAAACAACGAGCCCUAGAAGAAACCAAAGCAUACACAACUCAGUCUUUAGCUAGUGUAGCCUAUCUGAUCAACACUUUGGCGAAUAAUGUUCUGCAGAUGUUGGAUAUCCAGGCAUCCCAGCUUAGGCGCAUGGAAUCUUCAAUCAACCACAUUUCACAAACAGUUGAUAUACAUAAGGAAAAAGUGGCUAGAAGAGAAAUUGGCAUCUUGACUACAAACAAAAACACUUCAAGAACUCACAAAAUCAUUGCACCAGCCAACUUGGAGCGACCUGUUCGUUAUAUCAGGAAACCUAUUGAUUAUACAAUUCUUGAUGAUAUUGGACAUGGGGUAAAGGUUAGCACGCAGAAUAUGAAAAUGGGUGGUCUGCCUCGUACCACACCGCCCACCCAGAAACCACCCAGUCCACCAAUGUCAGGGAAAGGAACCAUUGGGCGUCACUCUCCCUAUCGCACACUGGAGCCAGUGCGUCCUCCAGUGGUACCAAAUGACUAUGUACCUAGCCCUACCCGUAAUAUCGCUCCCUCGCAGCAGAGCCCUGUUAGAACAGCUUCUGUGAAUCAGAGGAAUCGCACUUACAGCAGCAGCGGAAGCAGUGGAGGGAGCCAUCCCAGCAGUAGGAGCAGCAGUCGAGAGAACAGCGGGAGCGGAAGUGUGGGUGUCCCUAUUGCUGUCCCUACUCCAUCCCCUCCCAGUGUGUAUCCAGCCCCUGCCAGCUCAGCUGGCACUUCUCCUCUUCCUGCUACUUCUGCCUCUGCUCCCGCCCCUCUCGCUCCUGCUACUGCCCCAUCCUCUGCUACCCCAGAUGUUGCUGCUGCUGCUGCUGCAGGGGUUCAGCCCCUUGCUGAUGGCUUCACUUCUCCAACUCCCCCUGCUGCCUCUUCCAAUCCUUCUUCAGGUCAUCCCAUUCAGUUCUACAGCAUGAACAGACCUGCUGCCCGGCACACGCCUCCAACAAUAGGGGGCUCUUUGCCAUACAGGCGUCCUCCAUCCAUCACUUCACAGAACAGCCUUCAAAGCCAGGUCAAUGGAGGACCGUUUUAUAGCCAGAAUCCAGUGUCUCUUGCACCACCACCUCCCUCCAUCCUACAGGUAACUCCUCAGUUACCAUUAAUGGGAUUUGUGGCCAGAGUUCAGGAAAAUAUUUCAGACACACCUCCCCCUCCACCCCCUGUAGACGAAGCUGUUUUUGAUGAAUCUCCACCGCCGCCCCCUCCUCCAGAAGAUUAUGAAGAAGAAGAAGCAGCUGUGGUGGAAUACAGCGAUCCUUAUGCUGAAGAGGAUCCACCAUGGGCACCAAGAACCUACUUGGAGAAAGUGGUGGCAAUUUAUGAUUACACUAAAGACAAGGAAGAUGAACUUUCCUUUCAGGAAGGUGCCAUCAUCUACGUCAUUAAGAAAAAUGAUGAUGGGUGGUAUGAAGGUGUGAUGAAUGGAGUAACUGGACUCUUCCCUGGAAACUAUGUGGAGUCCAUCAUGCACUACUCGGAAUGAAGACCACUGUGGCAAGAGGCAGAACCAGGAGAUUGUUGGGCUGCCCAGGUCCCACUGGCAGCUUGGAGGAACCUGGGCAACUGAAGGAAGGAAGGAUCAUUGUAACGAAACCACUCCCCUUCCCCCCUUUUUAUAAAAUGGUGAUUUGAAUUGUUUUGAAGAAUGGCUCUUCCAUUUGCCAGCAGCGGCCAAGCUGAAUGACUAAUAUUAAUGAGCUGACUGAUCGACAUGUAGAUACAGAGAUGUAAUGAACUUGCCAGUGAAGUGAUCCAUUACUCAAAUUGAGACCCAUUCAAUCAAAAUAUGGGAUUUUUUUUCUCAGGAAUACCAAGCCUGGUAUUGGGGCAUCUUGGAUGCCAGCGCUGAAGGCUUUGAUAGGCUAUCUGCCAUCUCUUCCCCCCUCCCUGUUCUGCACAUAUUACUGUUGGAUGUGUGUUAUUGUACUGGCAAACAUUCUGAGGUCACAGACCAACUGGAUCUCAGCUUGGUUCCUUACAUCUCUAAUAAAGCAAUUCUGCAAUUGUUUUUCACAUAUAGCUUGAUCUAGGCAUGUAAGGAGCUGUUUUUUUUCCUCUUACAGGAGGAUGUGACAUCAGAGAUAAUCUCCCAAUAUAUUGAGCCUUCCAAGUCAUAAACUGGGCCUCUUUUGUAUCAUUAAAUUAUUUUUAAAGAGUUGGACUAAAGAUCAUGAGGGACGAUAAAGCGUGACAUUUUAAAAAUGGCCUCUGUCCUUCAUAUAAUUAUAGCUCUCUGUGGCCAGCCUUAUUCAGCCCCCAGUAUGCAAAAUAUUUGUGAAAUGGUUUAAACCUGGCCUCCUGACAGUGUUCAAAAACUGCUUUCAAUCAGGCUUUAGCCCUGGUUGUUUUCACAAAGGCUGGCAGCAGCCUUCUAAAAUUACCUCAUGUUUUAUAAUUUGGGAGUUAGAAAGGGACAGAAUUAAGUAUUUUAUAGAGAAAGGCUUAGUCUGAAUUGAUUAGCAUGCUUCAGCUGAAGAUAGCCUGUUCAGCUCAGAAUAAGUGUAUACCAGUGAGAUUGACCCUUCGUUCUAUUUCGGAUUUUGAUACAUAUUAGGAAGGACCUGUGUAAGCAGACAAAGAUUGCCCAAAGAUUUCCAAGGGCUGUUGGUUUUCUCUGAAUGCUAAUUUAGCAAAAGCUUUAGCUGCUUUUUCUUCCAUCAGUAAAUAUGUGGGUGAUUUUCCAACAUGUGAAUGGAAAUCUGCUAUAAUGACUUCAGGCAUUUUAGCAGCCAACUAGAGGAUAUACAAAAUAUUUUUUAUUUUUGCUAACUAGCAGUCAUGGAGCUAUCAGGUUCAGGCAUGAAGUAAGGUGGGAGAGUGUGAACUCUUUUCUAUACUGUAAACCAUAGUCCUUAUGAAGCUUGCUUUUGCUUAGCUGCUAUUUUUACGCCGGUAGCAGCUGAAUUGGGGGGUUUAUGAGAAGAACCUGAAGGGUUUUUCAUUAGUUCUGUGGUGUAUUGUGGGAAAUUAAACCUACCUGUGUACCACAAUCCCAGUCUAAUUCCUCCAUGCUGAUUAACGAAAUAAAAGUUCCUCCAGAUAACAGAAUAAGAUAUUUCUUUUAAAAAGGCAUUAAAACAUUUCAUAUUCCUUCUUCUUACUCUUAGUUGGAUUGUACUGACUUGUUGGGUAUAUUGCUCAAAAUAAUGUUUCAGUAAUCAUGUACUUGGAACACUGAUUGUAGUAGUCAGCCUUCCUUUCUCACAUAAGCUAGCCAUAAAUUUACUAACCGCUUUCUGAGUUAUACAGAUUAUGUUGGUGUAGCUUCUGUGGCUUCCUCUGUUGCUUAUUUGUGCCAUUAAUAAACCUCAGGUGCUACCAAAAGUCAUUAACUUGGCAUCGAUUGUUGUAGCUCCCCUUGGUAGGACUGCUAAUGAGAUCCAAGUCCCUUCAGAGAUUGCUAUUUCAAAACUAGAAGCCCACUGUGAUAAUGUUUAUUGUCACUGGCAUCCCAAAAAAGCAAGAUGAUGAUCAAAGCUGCACCCCUUUUGUAAGUGUGUCGAUGUUGUACAGGUACGGAGGGGUGGGAGUUCAGUUGCAUUGCUGUGACCACCUUCUUGCCUUUCUUGGCACCCCAUCCCCAGCAGAUGCCAAUGCUUAUAGCGUAGGAUAAGGGUCACUGAGAACUGGCUUGUUUGAAGGCAUCCAGAUUUGAUUUGUCUAGGAGGGGUGGUGUCUCUGAAAAUUGGUUGUAUCUGUGGGUGUUGGAGUACUGGAGCCAGCUUCUUGCAUAAACACUAGACCUCCAGAUGAGAAUAUGAGCUAUGAGGGCCUGAUCUAUUAGGACAAAGGAUAGUAGAUUUCUACAAAGGCCCGAGUAUGGUUAUGCAUACAGGUAUUACUGUGUAAUAUCUUUUAUGUGUGGUGUUAAGGUGUACAACCUUGAGACACAGCCUACUUUAUGAAGAUGGGGAUGCAGCCUCCAUCAAUAUGCUUGUCAUAAGUAGCUGCCACUGCUCCAUGGGGACCCAGCUAAGAGAAGAUCCUGCUCUAAGAAGUUGAACGUGCAAUUUUAAUACUUUUUUGGAGCAUAAUUCUGCUUCAAAGACUGUUCAUCAGUGGUAUCCUGCUUUCUCCUGAGUUUUAUAGAGCCUGCCAAGAGGAUGAGCAAAAAAGAUCAGGGCUUUUGGCAAAUUAUUCUGGACAAAUUUUGUGGAGUUCUGUAGACUCAGUUCUGAAAAACUAGGUUAACAUUUGCCCUUUUAAACAUGUGUGUUGUGCCUGCAGGCUAUGAGUUGUAUUGCAAACAAUUUUUAGUGUGGGUAACCUGAGCUGCAGAUGAUUAGAAAAGCAGCAUAACAACACAGCUUGUUUGAGUUUCCUCUCUCCCAACUUUAUUUUUCAUAUUCUGUUUUUUUGCCAUUACUGAUGAACUUAUCUUAUGGUACUGUGCUUUUUAUGGUUCCAUCAACUUUUGAAGAGCACCUUUUUCCUGCCCAACUAUCCUAUUUUCCUUUUCCAGAAACAGGUUGCCUUAACAAUCCUUCACAUCUGGUGUCUUCUCUGCUGUUCUGGGAAAUGUCAUAUUUGUUUUUGGUUAUUGAAUAUUAAUAUUGAAAAAUCAAUAAUGUGAAUUCUUAACUCUGUCUCUUUGCAAAGCCGAAUCCACCAAGUUUUAUUCCAAGAACAAAUACAUACUGGAGAAGUUGGAUGAUGAUUCAAUGGCAGAACAUAAAUUGAAUCCUGACUGUUUCCUGGCUAUGAAAAUAGUUGGAGGGGGUUUGCGUUUUUAUCAAUAGCAUUUUUGUGUUUUUCCUAUUUAAAAAUGCUUUCAGCUUCACAUGAUUUUUAUAAGGCGCUACUCAGUUGCUUGUCUGGGGAGAGACUGUACAGCUUCUAUGGAAGGCAGGGCCACAAUUCCCCAUAAGAGUUUGGAGCUCUUUGAUUGUAUGACUGCUCCCUGCAUCCUUCACAGGCCAAGAUCAUCUUCCUGUAAACUGCUGCAGAGGGUGUUUACAGAUUCCUUGCCUCCUGCUGGUUUAAUGCUUUUAUUCUGCAAUACUAAUGUUGUGAAAAAAAAAAUCCUUGGAUUUUAUGCUUAUUUUUUAUUUUGUACAAUUUUGAAUUCUGUAGAAUGUCUAUGGAUGAUGCUAUGUACAAGGCCCAAAGUAAUCAGACUCUGUGUGUAUGUAAUGUUGCAUAGACUGCAUGUUAUAUCAAGACAGUGAGAGUGGUUUUUCAAAUACCAUUUAUUAUUUCCCCCAAUUUUUUUCACUAGUGUUUAAUUAAGAAAAAGGGGUGAAGAGGGAGGGCCUGGGAAACUGGAUUCCUCCCUUGUAUCCCCUUUCCCCAAAUCUUGCUAUCAAGUUAUUAAAUAUGUUGAACAUUC